AUGCCGUCUGCCGCAGCUCGCAGAGUGUACGAGGAUCAGAUACCGUCCUUCAUGUCUGUCUUUGACCUCGACGCCGAGACCAUGGCCGACCGAGACACAGUAACAGUUGUCGACCCCAGACUUGUCGGCGCAGACACCAAGCAACCCAUCAUGCCCAGCCCGUCACAGCAGCUCGCGCAGGACGCCGACGCGUCGCACAAGCACGUCAACAGCAACUCAGCAACAGCGUCGGCCGAUUCAUCACCCACCACCACCCUGUCCACUACCGACUCAUCGCCCCUCUCCGACCCCUCGCCAUCGUCGUCGCCAGACUCGCCCGUGAACCUCGUCCCGCUAAACCAGUAUCCCGCCACUACCUUUAGCGCCCGACACUCAGCGGCAGACGAGCCCUCGUCACUUUCCCAGCAGCACGAGCACGAGCAGCUCCCGGGGCCGACUGGUCUAGAGAAGCACAACUGCUUCGGCCGCCCCAUGACGUCCCCGGCCCCCAGGCGACGCAACAUGAAGGGGCUCUCGAUACAGCCGCCCUCCGUCUCCAGUACCAUGACCAGCACCGUGACGUCAGAACCCGCAUCUCCCUCCUUCAUCAAGCCCAAGAUUCCCGCCAUGAAGCGCAAGCCCAGCACCCUCAGCCUCAACACGAACGCCUCGGACCUGGCCACCCGGCCCCGCGCAGAGAUGCAGGUCCCCCCCUCCCCGGCAAUGCCGCCCAUCCUGCAGCGCCGUGCCCUCAAGCAUUCGACCUCGACCCCCCACAUGCUCUCCACCAUCAAGUCAGCCACUUUCGGCCCCACCGGCGGUAUGACGCUGCCCAACAUGCUGGAGCGCAACGAGUCUGGCCUGUCCGAGGCCCUGAGGCCCAUGAAGACGAGCAUCAAGCCCACCUUCGACGAUCCAAUCACUGAGGAGGAACCGCCCACGUCGACCAUUCGGCCCCAGAUGGCUAGCCGCAUGGACAUCGAGCCCUACCACGAAAAGGUCAACAACGAGGACCAAAAGACGCCCGGGUACCCCGACGGCCCCAUCGCCAUGUACGACGAUAAUGUGUUUCUGUACUUGGAGCCCUCUAGCGAGGAGGCUGCCAAGUUUGACGUGGUCAUCAACGUUGCCAAGGAGGUCAAGAACCCCUUCUUCGCAUCACGCCCCUCGUUCCAGGGCUUGGAGCAGACACAGCAGAGCUCGACACCCAUCCUCAGCCCCGUCCCCGAUACGGCCGUGACCGACGCCAGCUUCGCCACGGCAUUUGAGUAUCAGCCUGGCCGCGCCGGCAGCUCUUCAGCAUCGCCAGCAGCCGAGACGCCCAAGGGCAUCGACUCUCUUAAAAAGCCCGAGUACAUCCAUAUUCCCUGGGACCACAACACGGAUAUCUCACCCGACUUGAUGAGCCUGUGCGAGACCAUCGAGGACCGCACCCGGCGUGGAAAGCGCGUCUUGAUCCACUGCCAGCAGGGUGCCAGCCGCUCCGCCAGCCUCAUCAUCGCCUACGGCUUGUACUGCCGACCCGAGUCGAGCGUCAACGACGCCUACUACGCAGCCCAGUCCAAGAGCCAGUGGAUCAGCCCCAACAUGAAGCUCAUGUACUCGCUGCAGGACUUUCAGAAGGAGUUGAGCCAGAAGAGGAGGCCCACCGGCCCAGACGUGCGAGGCGGGCGCGCCGGCCGCAGUCCCACUAAGCACAGGCUCACACUGUCUGCCUCGGCCGUCGGGCUGCCCCCCAAGGAGCCACGCACCGCACCUCUUCCUGGCGAAGACAACAGCUCCCAGCCCGAGGGCAGCAGCAGCCCUGGAGGCAAUCGUCUGCGUCCUGCCAACGAGCUUCACCGUAGGGGAAGUUCAAUGCCCGGACCGGGCGAUGUGUCUCCCGGUCCGGCCACGGCACCGCCCAAGAUGUCGUGGCAGGAGGAGGUGGAGCAGGGCAGAGCGGCAGAGUCUGCCUCGUCCGAGUCGAUACCCGUGCCCUCGUCAGCCGUGGCGCUAUCAGCACCGCCAAGUCAACUCUCGGAGCUGCCCGAACGACCCAAGCAGGCCAUCUCUGGCAGCAUCCCGAGUCUUCCUCCCCCCUCUUCCACCCGGCUGAGCGAAGUCGUCGUGCCUACCAUCGAAUUCGGCGACGCCCCGUCACUAGACCUGAACCUCAGCGUGAAUCUGAACUUGGAUCAACCCCCACCUACGCCUGGAUUCUCGGCCCCCGCAGGCUUCACAUUCCAGCAGAACAAGGCGUUCCCGCGAUUUUCCAACUCGGCACGUCUCUUAGCUAUGCCUCCUCUCCCUACCGAGACGGACGAGCCGCUCCCCCCUUCGCAUCCGCCAGCACCGACCCGCGCAUCACCACCUCCGCCGGCCCGUGCCUCUCCGCCGACCCGUGCCUCUCCGCCGCCACCGCUCCAUGCAGCGCCGUACACUUGCUACAGUCACAGCAGCGCCACCGACGAUGACUCCAUCAUGUCCCCACGCGUCGAGGCUAUGAUGAGUAACCCCCUGCGCGACUACCAUGGUCAAGAAGCGCCUUCAGGCAUGCACUUUGCCGAGACCCAGCCGCCCACCCCGGGACACGACAACUUCUUCUCCCCGCGGACGACCAUGUUCCCUCGUGAUCCGUUUAUUCCUUUUGGGCGCCCGCCACAGGUGGCUGACCCGCGGAGCCCGCCUACAAAGGGUGAAACGCCGAUUGUGAGAUCGAUUGACGAUAUCCUAUAA